AGCAACGAUGCCUCGGUGAUCAAUGCCCAGAAGGGGUGCGAGAUCCGCAGCUGUAGCCCAUGAUCAUCAUGAGAGGACACGAAAACGUUCUCUAUAUUGUUGAUAGGGCAAUAUACAUGUGAGCUUCCGUUUACCUAUAUUCAUUUAUAUACGUCGACGAUCCCCAAAAUCAUUUCUGUACCCCAAUUGCAUCUGUUGUGAUACUUUGGCUAUUCUGUGCGGGCAAUCAUGCAGACUAUUCGUGCUCUCUUGCUGCUCCUCGCUGCGUCAGUGGUGACAGCCGCCCAGAACCCGCACGAGAAGGCUGCAAAGUAUGUGCAGAAGAGAUCAGCGGAGCCUGUGGUUUCAAAACAUGCAUCGCGUGCGGCGAACACUGCUCACUUCCUGAACAACAAAACUGCUAAAUUUGCCAUCAAUGGCUCUGCAUUGCCAGAGGUGGACUUCAAUAUUGGGGAGUCGUAUGCGGGUACCCUCCCAAUCUCCAGCAAGAAAGAUGACGAAAACCGAUUGUGGUUCUGGUUCUUUCCGUCUUCGAACCCAGCGGCGAAGAAGGAGAUCACAAUUUGGCUUAAUGGCGGUCCAGGCUGCAGCUCCUUGAACGGCCUGUUUCAGGAAAACGGACCUUUCCUUUGGCAGCCCGGGACCUAUGCGCCAUUCGCAAACCCAUACUCCUGGGUCAAUCUUACCAACAUGAUCUACAUCGAUCAACCAGUCAGCACGGGAUUCUCCCCGGGAACGGUCCUCGUCGAUGACGAGAACGAUGUUGCAGAGCAAUUUAUGGGUUUCUGGAAGAACUUCAUUGAUACCUUUUCCAUGCAGGGAUACAAGAUCUAUAUCACGGGAGAAAGCUACGCUGGGCAAUACAUCCCGUAUAUUGCGAGCGGUAUGUUGGAUACGAAGGACAAUAAGUACUUCAAUGUGAAGGGAGUACAGAUCAAUGACCCUUCCAUCAACACAGACGACGUCCUGCUUCACACACCUAUUGUGCCUGCGUUGAAUUACUUUAAUAAUGUGAUCAACUUGAACGAGAGCUUCAUUGCAAACAUCACGGCUCGCGCAGAUAGCUGUGGAUACACUGAUUUCUUCAACAAGUGGACCACAGAGUUCCCACCAUCUAGCAAAAUCCCCACCGCUCCCAGCUGGAAGGAGCCAGGCUGUGAUAUCUUCGAUGAGGUCUAUAACGCGGCAUACUACGAAAAUCCGUGCUUCAAUAUUUACCACUUAACAGAUUACUGCCCAUAUCAGUGGAACCUGCUAGGUUUCCCAUCUAUGGCUGGAGGACCAAAUAACUACUUCAACCGCACCGAUGUCCAGAAAGCCAUCAACGCUCCACCAACAAACUACAUGGUCUGCGGAGGUGGUCACAACCUCUUCCCCAAUGGCGACAAGUCAAUCGAGUCCAGUCUUGGCCCGCUCCCAAGUGUCAUCGAGCGCACUAACAACACGAUUAUCGGCCACGGCCUCCUCGACUUUCUCCUCUUCGCCAACGGCUCCCUGAUCUCCAUCCAGAAUAUGACCUGGAACGGCGCCCAGGGCUUCCAGACCUCUCCCUUCAAGAAGCAGAACUUCUACGUGCCGUACCACCAGACCAACGGCGAGAUCCUCCAGUACGCCAAUGGUAUUAAUACACACGUGUUCACUGAUACAGCGGGUGGAGGGUUCCAGGGUGUAACGCACACGGAGAGAGGUCUUACGUUCGUCACGGUCAAUUUGGCGGGGCAUAUGAUCCCGCAAUAUGUGCCAGGAGCAGCAUAUCGGCAAUUAGAGUUUUUGCUAGGGAGAGUGAGCAGUUUGGAGCAGAGGGGAGAUUUCACGACCGGGCCGCAAGGUAAUUAUACGGGGGGUACGUGGUAAUACGAGUGAUAUUUUUCAGAC